AAUGUCAAAUGAAAUUAAUGUAAAUAUUUAACAUUUAGUAAUAUUUUCCUUAUUAAAACGCAAAAGCGUGCUAAAAGCAUUUAAUAAAUUAUAAAAUUACUUGUAUAGAGUUAAAAAAGACAAGAAACUAUUUAUUUUAUGAGAAUAAUAAAUGAAAGAAUUUUAAAUUUAUUAAUCAGAAAUUUGAGCUACAUAUAAUCCUCGAUAUCGUAGUAUUGCGAAAGCAAAUCUAAUAGAUACAUAUAAGAGAAUGAAUACUUUAACUUUAUACAAGACACUUCUUCGUGAGGCUGGGAAACUUCCAGCAUACAAUAUAAGAAUGUAUGCUUUAAGAAAAAUUAGAGAUGAAUUUAAAGAAAAAGCUAAUAUAAAAGAUCCAAAGUUAAUAGAAAAGGAACUAAAAAAGGCUGAAGAUAAUUUAGAAAUGAUAAAAAGGCAAGUAAUUAUUGGGAGUUUGUAUGCAGCUGAUAAACUUAUAAUAGAAUAAUUUUAAAUAUGUUACCUACAUAAUGUUUUUUAGAAAUAAAGUUGAAUUAGAAAUUUUCAAUUUUCCUUGAUUGGAUUUAGA